UUUGUUUUAGAAUAAAUAUAUUUUUGGAUUAAUACGCUGCCCCUUUUAAUGUUGAACAUGAAUGAGUGAUUCGCUAAACGUCUGCUAUGAGAAGAACUUCCAAAGCCUUCAACCAUUACUAAGCUGCAAUGGCAUUAAAUGGUAAAACCGCAGUAGUGACUGGAGCAGCGAUGGGGAUAGGAAAAGCAAUAACAGAGAUACUCCUGCAAAACGGUGCCAAGGUAGCUCUCCUGGAUUGGAAUGAAACUGCAGGGAAGAGUUUGAAGGAAGCCCUUGACAAACAGUACGGACAAGAGAAUACACUGUUCUUCAAAUGCAAUGUUGAGUCAGAGGAGCAAAUCAAAGCUGCCUUUCAGAAAACUGUAGAAACCUUUGGAGGAAUAGACAUCUUGUGCAAUAACGCCGGCAUCAUGAAUGAGACAGAGUGGGAGAAAACCAUUUCCAUAAACCUUGUGGCUGUUGUCAGGGUGACCUACCUGGCUCUGGAGCACAUGAACAAGUUGGCUGGAGGUCGUGGUGGAGUCAUGGUCAACACUGCAUCCAUUGCAGGUCUCCUUCCAGUUAGGUGCUGUCCUGUCUAUUCAGCAGCUAAGCAUGGAGUGAUCGGCUUCACUCGAGCCUUUGCGGCUACCUCCACCGGUGCAGGCUACGGUAUACGGAUCAACGCCGUUUGCCCAAGUUAUGUCCGAACUGACCUCUAUUCCAACAUUUAUAGCAGUUUGGGACCAUUUUGCCACCUUGCUCUAUCAGUUGAACAAUGUGAAGAGACAGGGGUUAUAAAUCCAUCUGAGGUAGCCGAGUGUGUCCUCCAGCUGGUGACAGAUGAGACGAAGAAUGGAGAGGCCUUACUGGUGAAAUAUGGUGAAAAGAAAUACAUGACAUUUCCUGUGUUAACCUUCUAA